CCGCGGUUUGGUCGGCCGCGCAGCCGCAUCGGGGAGCGACACGCAAGAUGUCAGAACUAGUAGAACAGCAGGCCGCCCAAACGCUCGCAACCCUCCCGCGCGCGCUCGACCGCUACGUCGCCGACUGCCUCGACGGCCUCGGCUGGGAACAAGCGCUCCAGCGCGGCGUGCGCGUCGACGGCCGCGCCGUCGAGGACCCCGGCGCGCUCGUCUUCCCGGCGACGGACCGCGUCGAGGUCGGCGGCGCGCGCCUGCCGGCGGCCGCGCCGCCGCGGCGCCGGUCGCGCGUCGUCGCGUACCACAAGCCCGCGAAGAUGGCGACGGACGUCGGCGAGGAGUUCGGGUCGAAGAUGCGCGCGGCCGCCGCGUCCUUCGGCGGGGACACGCUCAUGCCCGUCGGCCAGCUCGACGUCAUGACGACGGGCCUCCUGCUCUUCACGGACGACGGCGAGCUGUCGCGGCUGCUCUGCGCGCCGGGCCGCGCGGCCAAGGUCUACCGCGUCGGCUUCGACGCGCCCCGCGGCGCGCGGCUGCCGACGCCGGACCAGGUCGACGCGCUCACGACGCCCGCGCCGCUCGGCGUGAACCGGGCCGAGCGCAACGCGGCGCGGCGGAGCCACGAGGCCGCGGCGCCCCUCUCGGUCAAGUUCGACGCGGUCGAAGCCGCGGGCUCCUACGACAUCGGCGACGACACGCGGCCGCCGGGCUGCGCGGCCAAGUCGCGCCACCACGUCGACGUGACGCUGUCGAGCGGCGCGAACCACGUCAUCAAGCGCCUCUUCAUGCAGCGCUGCGGCCUCGCGGUGCGCACGCUGCGCCGCACCAGCGUCGGGCCCGCGGACCUCGCGGGCAUCCCGCGCGAGGGCGACUGGCGCGACCUGGGCCGCUUCGAGGUCGACGCGCUCUGGGCCGCCGUCGGCGGGCUCGAGGCGCUCGCGGACUUCAAGCGGGCGCACCUCACGUGCCGCCGCCGGUCGACGGGCGACGCGCGGCUCGAGGCGUUUUUGGGCGCCGACGACGGGCGCCUGCGCUGCUUCCACGCGUUCCCGGGGCUCCACUGCCGCCACGACGACGGCGCGCCGGAUCGCCGCGACGCGCCGGGCGCGCCGCCGCGGCACCGGGGCCUGCCGCACCGGAGCCUGAGCCGGACGGCGAGCGGGUUCCUGCCCAACGCGGACCAGGUCGGCGUCUUCGCCGACGGCGACGACAGCACGGACGACGACGACGGCCUCGCGCCCGCGCGCGUGAACCCGCCCGCGCGGCCCCUCGGCCGGAGCCUGUCCAAGACGUCGUCGGGCCUCCUGCCGACGGCGAGCCAGGUCUUCGACGACGACCGGUCCAUGGCGCGCACGCUGUCCAAGACGUCGUCGGGCCUCCUGAAGACGGCGAGCCAGGUCUUCGACGACGACCGGUCCAUGGCGCGGAGCCUGAGCAAGACGUCGAGCGGGCUGCUCAGGAGCGUCGACGAGGCCGCGCGCGAGGACUUUGGCCGCCUGAGCAAGGCCGAGAACGUGCUCGACCGCGUCGAGGAGGCCAAGCCCGCCGCCCUCGAGGUCUCGGGCAAGUGCCCCGUCUGCACCGAGGCCUGGGACGCGACCGAGCCGCGGAGCACGCUCCCCUGCUGCGGCAAGGUCAUCUGCGGCGACUGCGCGUCCUUCUUCGCGAUGAUGGGCGCCAAGGCCGAGUGCCCCGUCUGCCGCACCCCGAAGCCGACCAUGACGCCGUCCCGGCCGCCGCAGUAACACCUCAAUUUUUG